GGCGGAGCCGGAGGCGGGCGGAGCGCGCAGCGCAACGCGGGGCUGCAGACGGCGGCGCGGGCAGGGAGCGGGGCCGCCUUUCCGGCCGCGGCGAGGAGCGCAGUUGCGGGGCUUGCGGCAAGAUGCUGAAGGCGGCGGCCCUGGUGUGCGUGUGCGCGGCAGCCUGGUGCAGCCCGGUGCUGGCGGCGGCGGCCGGGGGCAGAGCGGACAACGGCAAUUUUCUGGACGAUAAACAAUGGCUCACCACCAUCUCCCAGUACGACAAGGAGGUCGGGCAGUGGAACAAAUUCCGAGACGAAGUAGAGGAUGAUUACUUUCGCACAUGGAGCCCGGGUAAACCAUUUGAUCAAGCUUUAGAUCCAGCUAAAGACCCAUGUUUAAAGAUGAAGUGUAGUCGUCAUAAGGUCUGUGUUGCGCAGGAUCAACAAACUGCUGUUUGCAUUAGUCACCGAAGGCUUACACACAGUAUGAAAGAGGCUGGUUUAGGCCAUAAACAGUGGAGGGGUGGUCCCAUUUCAUCAAACUGCAAGCAGUGUCCAGUAGUUUAUACCAAUCCUGUUUGUGGAUCAGAUGGUCACACAUAUUCUUCUCAGUGCAAAUUAGAAUAUCAAGCUUGUGUCUCAGGAAAACAAAUCUCAGUAAAAUGUGAAGGACGUUGCCCUUGCCCUUCUGACAAAUCCACAAACACCGGCAGAAGUGAUCGGAGAGUUUGCAGUGACCUGGAAUUUAGGGAGAUUGCAAACAGGUUGAGAGACUGGUUUAAGGCACUUCAUGAAAGCGGAAUUCAGAAUAAGAAGACUAGGAUUGUUCAAAGGCCUGAAAGAACCAGAUUUGAUACCAGCAUUCUGCCAAUUUGCAAAGACUCCCUUGGCUGGAUGUUCAACAGGCUUGAUACGAACUACGACCUGUUGCUGGACCAGUCAGAACUUGGAAGCAUUUACCUUGACAAGAAUGAGCCAUGCACAAGGGCAUUCUUCAAUUCUUGUGACACAUACAAGGAUAGUUUGAUAUCUAACAAUGAGUGGUGCUACUGCUUUCAAAGACAGCAAGACCCACCUUGCCAGACAGAACUCAGCAACAUUCAGAAGCAGCAAGGAGGAAAGAAGCUCCUAGGGCAGUACAUACCCUUAUGUGAUGAAGAUGGAUAUUACAAGCCAAGUCAGUGCCAUGGAAGUGUAGGGCAGUGUUGGUGUGUUGACAGAUAUGGCAAUGAAGUAACAGGAUCCAGAACAAAUGGUGUGGCAGAAUGUGCUAUUGAUUUAGAGACGUCAGGUGAUUUUGCUUCUGGUGAUUUCCAUGACUGGACAGAUGAUGAAGAGGAUGAUGAUGAAAUAAUGAAUGAUGAAGAUGAAAUUGAUGAUGAUGAUGAAGAUGAAGGAGAUGAUGAUGUAGAUGACGACGAUGAUCACGAUGGAUACAUUUGAUGAAAUUAAGAGGGUCAAUUAAUUAUACCUUUCUGAAAUUCACAAUAUGACAUUUCAUAAAAUCCCUUUGCUCUUCAAGAUCAAAAGGAUUCUAACAAAUGUGUAUAUUUUGUAUGAUUAUUUCAAACAUUGCAGCUGGAGUCAUAGACUUUUUUGUUUAAAUAAGAAUAAUUAUAUUAUGUGCUUUUGAGUUUUUAAAUGCCUUUGUGUUGAAGAAAACACAUUGGAAGUGUAGCCUGAAGAAGAAAAUGUUACGUGCUACUGAACAUAUAAAUGAUAUAAAUGUAGAAAAUACACUAUAAAACCAGUCUUUUAAAAACUUCAGUGAAAGAUAUUUGCCCUUACCCAGAACUGUGCAUGUCCUUUUUGGGACACUUACUGUAACUUUAAUUCUGUCAGGCAUAGCAGGCUUUGUAAAUUGCCUACUUAAUGCAACAAAAACAUGGUGCAGGAGAAAAAAAAUGAUGCAUAACCAGCCUUUAAUUAAUUAAAGGUAAGGAGAAAAAGUAACAGUUCUUGAAAGGAUCUUUCAAAAGCAGUCUCAUGGACAAGCACUAAUUCUGUAAAUUAAACAUUUUCUUGACCUACCUUUUUUUUAUUAUCUUUUUUUCAUGUCAAGGUUGUCUAGACUUUAUGGCUGUUUACUCAAACAUGACUUCACCCUUUGGUGUUUUUCUGUGUUUCUCUCUAAUCAGAUUACCAUAAAAUAUUUAACAUGGGGAAAAAUUUGCAUAAAAUUAUAUUAUCUUUAUAUAUGACUGUAUUUCAGAGUAUUGACAGUUGCCCCAAUGUAAUUUUUAAAAAGUACAUAAUUAUACUUUUUAUUUUCUUAAUUCAGGAAAUAGUUUUGCAUCCUUAUCUUAAUUCAUGUUGUUUUCUGUUACUAGUGCAGAAACUUAGCAAAAUUAUUGUAAAGGUGCCUUGCAAAAUAGAGAUAGAGAGAUUUUGGCAUGCAUACCAGUAUAGGUUGUUAGGCAAUAGCUAAGCAUACCCAAUUAUCAAAUUAAUGCCAGUAUAGGUACUGCUGCUGGAAUGAAGAAAAUGGAUUAUUUUUUUUUCCUAUUGUUAUGUAACUACCAGGUGGAUUAGAUCAUAAUUAUUGUGUAGAGUAGCACUUAAGAUUUGACUGUAGAGAAAAUUUCUUUAAUCACUGUAUUUAUGUUAGCAUGUUAAUUAAUUGUGUAGACAUUUUGGGACUCCACCAUCUCCAUAUCACAUCUGUUGCUUUCUGCCCACAAUAAAGUUGUGAAAGUUGACUUGACCUGUAUAAUGUAACACUACAGGUUGUAUGAUUUCAAAACUGGACUACUGGUUUCCCAUCAGUAAUUAAAAGGAAAAUCAGUUUAUUAUUUGAAUUAAUUUUUACACACUAAAUACAAAAUCUAAUGUUUAUCCUAUGUGAUACUGAAAAGUAUAUUGCAUUUUCUUUUUUACUGUUUCUGUAUAGUUUGCAAAAUAAAGACUCUUGUAACCAACUUUUUUUGCCAACUUAGCCCAUCAUUUUGAAUUUUUGCAUAGUUUGAAAUUUUGAAACAGGAAAAAUUCAUAUUUCAGAUAUGUUUCAUCUAUAAAAACAUGUAUUUAUUUAUAUUAAAAAGCAUUUUUUAUUAUUUUAGUUCCAGUAAAUAAUUUUGGAUUAAGGCAAAACCCAUAAUGAACUUAUAUUUUUCUGUAUUUUUUUCUGAAUUUUCUAUAGUUUUGUGAUAUACUUUUAUGACGUCUUCAUUAUACAGUAAAGAGAGACAUACUUUUGUUUAAACUCCAUCAUGAUUUGUGGGGCAUAGGUGUAUUAUUUUCUUAAAUGAAAAUAGCUAGGGGUUUGUCAGUCCAUUACAAAUGGAUUUUAUCAGAGAACAGUUUCUUACGGAUGAAAUUAACUGAUAUAUAAAUUGAUUUUAAAUAAAGAAGCUAAAGAUAAA